AGCAAUCAUUUCGUACCCAUCGACGUCAGUGGUAGACGACGAGGACGACGUCUACCCCGAGGAUGGCGUCGCCUCGUGGUUUGACGAGCAGCCCGGCGAACGUAUGCUCCGGAAAACCAACCUUCGAAUGGGAACUGCUGAUGUGUAUAAACAAAACAAGAAUCAAGAAGAGGAUAUGUUGACAACGGAACGAUUAAAGAAAGGAUAUCAGAUGCCAUUAACGCAAUACGAGCUUCAAUCAUUGGUUUUCAACGCAUCGGAAAAUAAGCUAAUUCGUCUGGAGAAAGCUCAAAAACGAUCUCAGUCUAUGAUUGCUUCUGUUAUUCACAAAAAAGGAGAGUUCCACAUGAAUUAUGACAGAGAACGUAAAAUUCCAAAGGAACAACUUCCGUGUUUUGCACCACAUAACUGGAAACGAAUUUUGUCAGAUCGAGUGAAAUUCUUUUCGGCAUUAGCUAGAGGAACUCCUCUUCAACAACUUUCACAAAGAAUCCCUGGAUUUAGAAGGAAAGAACUGCUCUUUUUGGAGUUUAGCGAUUAUAACAUAAGCUACGAUCGGGCAAUAUGGUGUGUGAAACUUCUUUGUAUCCUUGGUUUCAACUCUUCAAGCAAGACACAAAAGAAAACAUUACUUGACGUUGCAACUCUAGAACUGAGCCAAGCAUGCAACAAAACAACAAUUUGGCUCGUAACCCAGCUUUACAAAUCUUUUCGAAAUCCCAUAAAACGAAGAGAGGCUACUAAAACAUGGAAUUAUUUGACUGGAUUCAUGAAGUAUAUGUUUGAUGAUGGUGUCCUUGAUAAACAGGAGUUUCUCAACGAUCUCACGGAAGUUUUCAAUCAGUUGUUUUUGCAGAAAAACUUUAAGAACCCUUCAGUUUUAAGCACAUUCAUGAAAUAUUAUGUGUAUUUUGUCGAAGAUCUCAGCUCCAGUCUGGUGUUAGCUAGACGGUCCUCCACUCUGCUUUGCCAAGCACUUGGUUUUCUAUUCGAAAUGGCACAGGAUAAAAGGAAAAUUGAUGCGUACUACGAUUCUGCUAAUAAAACUUUCAUUAAGAAAGAAUUUGAAAAUGAAGAUGGCGAAAUUUACGAGUUUGAAGAUUACGAUGACUUCAUUGAUAUGUUGGACGAGAUUCCUGAUGUACCCUACUUUGAUGAGACUGACAAAACACCAGAAGCACAAGCUGAAGAACUUAUCAAGCAGCAUGAAAAACGAAAGGCAGGCUCACUCAAAAAGUCUGAAAGGAGGAGAAGAAGAGGAUUGUCAAAAAAUCGGCCAAAAAAAAUGCCACAGAAUCCUUCGAAUGAAGCUUCUCUUGAUCACGAUAAAGUACAGAUUAAACAAGAACCGAUGGACUAUGAUGAGUAUGGAGGUCAACAAUCAGACAAUUCUAUGGAUUAUGACUCUUUCUCACAUCAAUAUGAUCCAUCAUAUGAGCCUUUACCUUUCAAGCCACUUCACACAGAUAUUCCAAAAAAACUCACUGACGAUGAGGAGUUCAAGUACAUGAAGAUAGGCAAGAGAUCUGUCACUCCUGAACGUAUUAGUGGUCGCUAUGGUUCAAUGACGUAUCCUUUCUGGAUUCAGCAGGGCGGAGUUGGAAUUGAUCCACCAAAAGAUGAAGUACUGGAUUUCUCCAAUCCAACACCAACGGAAACUGUCAACACGCAGCCACAAAUUGAUUUUGAAUCAUCUCCCAGCGCUUCGCCAGCUCUUUCUGUCGAUAAAGAAAAUGAAUGUGAAAAGAAAGAAGAUGAAUCUAAAACUAAGGAGAAGAACAAAGAUAAGGAGAAAGACAAGGAAAAAGAAAAAUCUGUUGAUGAGCAUACGAAUGAUCUGGAUGUUCCGAUAAAUCCUGACGAUGCUGAAAUGGCUGAUGCAAAUGAUAAAACCGAUGCUUCUGAAAAACAAAAAUUAGUUGAAGAAGAACCUACCGGCAAAGAAAAUGAAGAUGAUACCAGUUCAAAAACGGCAAAGACGUCUACAUCAGCAGAGAAAUCCGAAGCUCCCUCCAUUGUCGAUUCUAAUGACAAAAUUGAUAAGGAGCCAAAUGCAAGUUCAACAAGUAACGAUGAAACUUCUAAAGAUGACACAGUUCCCAUGGAAUCAGAUCCACCAGCUGCCACUGAAAAACCAAAAGAAUCCACUGAAAUUACCACCGAGGAACCACUGGAAGUCGACAAAGCGCCUGAAGUUGAUAAGUCUGAGAAAGAACACGAAGAUGAUAUUAUGAUCAUUGAGUCCAACAAAAAAGCAGACGAGGAUGACUGUGUUGUUAUAGCUGUGGUGGAUCCUGAUCAGGAACAAACUCCGGAAAGUGAGAAGAAAAAAGAUGGCGAAGAAGAAAGGGACAAAAACAAGGAUACAGAUGUGGCGGAUAACGAACCCGAGAAAAUUUAUACCGACGAGGAACUCGCUGAAAUCAAAAUCCGCAAAGAGAAGGAAAUGAAAAUUGCAACUUUGGCUUCCCAUAUCAAAGAGAAAAUGGUGUCAGACAAAAAAUGGAAAGAGAAAACUAGCCACGCAGGAUGGAGAACACUUGAUCAAUGCAGUCAGUUCAGUGAAGCGCUUCAUUUGCUCUCAAGCAUGGUGCAGUACAUGGCAUGUGUUACUCCAGAAAGCUUUGUUUGGAACGAUCUUUCAGUUCAACAAGAAGAACGUCGACAUAGAAUCCUACCACAACUGUGCGGAUCACCUUUGGAUUAUUUGCCAUGUGAACUCCACAAACUACCAGUCAUGGAAGGUGUAGAAGAAGUGGUGGAUUGUCUUCGUUUACGCCAUUGUGAAAUCGUUCGAAGAAGUCAGGCUGCCGAAGACAGGUGGCUACCAAAUGCUGCAUUUCUGCAGAGCUUUGGUAGAAUCAUUGAUACUUGUGUAGAUGUGAUUGGAAUAAUGGACAAUAUUGAUGUUGAGAAACCAAACGCCAUUACAAACGCUGGACUUCGACUUUUUGCAUUCCGAGAAAAAUUUGAAAAGCAGGAAGCUCUCUUGAAAACAAUGCUCAUGUUUAAAUGGUGCAUAACGGAGGAGCGUGAAGGAUCAUUCCGUGCGACUUACAUCGCGAAACUUCUACGCUUUGGAAUGGAUCAAAAUCCAGAGAACACCAUUGGAGGUUGGCAGGUCAUGGAUCUUUUCUUCAAGUUUAUGUCCACUGAAGGUCCCAAACACGGAAGCAAAAUGUAUCAAGCUCACUUUGAUUCCACGGUUGCUAUCAUGAUUGAGAUGAUGAGAGAAAAGAUAUUUUCCAUUACUGAUAUUCUAAGAGAACUGGAAAAAGAUUCGGAUUUGGAUUACAAUGCUCCUUUGAUGGAAAGACAACGAAAACAAAAAAUCCCGAAAAUUUCCAAGCGACAUAGAAAACCAGAAACUCCAGAUGACACCAAACUCGUACAUUUCACCACAGAAUACACACCGAAGAGAUUGUUCAUGGGAAAGAAAAUGGAUUUGUUGGAGCGUAUGAUCAUUAUUUUGCCACAAUUAGAUGUUGACGAGGAUACUGACGAGUAUCGAUUGCGAAGACUGCUCCUGUUCGGAUUGAAACCUGCUGCGAAUGUAUAUUUCCGACGAGCUCGUGCUAUUUACAAGAGCAUUACGAAGGAAUUCACAACUCGGUUAUACAUUGAAUUUGAUCGAUCUUCCAAAGUCACCACCGCUCAUAAAAAGAUUAAUCAGAACCGCCUAGACGAUCUUUUGAGACAAUUCCGAGCACAAACCUAUCAUGACCAACAUCUGAUUUUGGAACGUAUUGUCUAUAAUUUCAUCGACGGGAUUGGUGGAUUUUUGAAAAAGAACUGUGACGAUGUUCCAGCUCCAGAAGUGGCCAAUAUUAUUUGCGAAAUGUACGAGUUCAGCAUGGAUAUCACGUCAAUUUUCGACUUCUUUGAAAUGGUGAAUCCGUAUUUGAAGGCAGUUGACGACAAGAUUGCUCAUUUCCGAAUGGAUGUUCUUCCAGACAUGUAUUACACAGAAACGGCAUUUAUUUUUGUCUCAUUUUUUAUGAAACACUGGCAAAGAUUCCUUUUGCAUCCGCGAGCAUGUGCAAUUGUCAAUCAGUGUUUUGUGCUAAUCCAAGACAUGAUUCGAGCAGAUGAUCAUAUGAUCACUUGUUGGGGUCGAACCGUUGCCAUAUUUGUAUUCCAUGCAAGGAAAGCCAUUGCCAACGCAGGUCUUCAAAAUGAAGAAUUUUUGGCGGAAGAUAGUCAUUUUUGGAGAGUGUUCCCCAAUGCGCAACAUGUUGAUCUUGACGUCGGUUAUUUUAACGAAGACUUUGCUGGUGUGAAGUUGCAACUUCGUGGUGGAACUUUGCGCUAUGAUUCGUAUAAUGAUUUUAAGUGGCUUGUCAGCAACAUGAAGCCAAAUCUCAAAAAGAAGCCGCAUCUGAAACGCCCCAAUACAAGAUACUCGUUUGUGGUCAGAGCAUUUAUGGAGGCUCGUCAACACGGCCGCAACUUCGAUCGUAUCAACGAGCUUGCCAAUUAUUGCGCAAACAUCACUGCAAAUGAUCCACCGCUAUCUGAAUACUGGAUUGGGGCUAUAAAAGGUCUUUGUUUUUUGAGUUUGGAUGCACCUUAUCCGUUCAAGGAAAUGUCACAGCAAAUUGAUAUAUCCGACUGUUCCACCCAUUACUCUCUCACAACCUUCAUUACUUGUCUUGCCGGAAAAUCUGCAUUCUACAUUCCACGGCUUUUGGCAGAGCUCACAAAGCACGUUUUUCCGUUGAUGCUUCGCCAUGAUGGUCGUCUAACUUCUCAGAAAACACACGAUGUCAAGCGAAAAGUUGCUUCCAAGACAACAGAAUCUCGAACAUUGAGUGAAGCGGAACCUGGUGUUUGUCUAUGUCUACUGAUCAUUUGUGGAUUGUGUUGUGUUGGCGAUGAACCAUUUGGACUUUCAGUUCACUACAGAGGCAUCGAAAAAAAGAAAAAGCGAUUUAACAACACAGCUGAUGAGAGGAUUAUGCAUUUAUUCCACUGGUUUGAAAUGGAUCACGCCAUGUUCCGUACACUUGGGCAUAUCUCUCAGUUGCUAGAAGCUCUUCAAUCUCGUUGUCGAGAUGCAAAUCUUGUUCUUCCGAAAAACUUCCCAAUCAAAAAUCCACCCAAGCAUCAACAAGAACUUCAUCGUGAAAAAGCGCCAUACCGCCCACAAUAUUUGUUCAAUAUCGCUAAAACUGUUCAAUUUGUAAUUUGUGAGCAGGACUGGGUAACUCUUCGAAUGUUCCGGUUUUUCCAAACACGCAAAAUGGAAGCAUUCAAUCAGGACAAGCUGAAACAAAACUGCCUGGGUCAACAAAUAUUGAGAAUGGCUUUGAGGCGAAGGACCGAACGCGAAAAUGUUCAUAAACUCUUUGAAGCUCACAAAAUCUCAAAAAAGGCCACAGUUGACAAGGUUCUCUCGUUCAUGAAUCUCUGGAAUUUCCGUGCUACCCUGUUUGAUCUAAUGCUGAUGAUCAAAGAAAUCAGCCCUGAUGGAAAUUCACGCCAUGCUCAACAAGGUGCAAUUGCAGCUGAUGCAUUGAUGUCAGAGAUUGGGAAAUGCUGCCGCGAUAUGUUUCUUUCUGCAUACAAAACCAAGAUAAAGAUGCCAAUUGCUAAAACGCUAACGGAUUUUAGACUAUCAGACAUCAAUAAAUUUUGGCUCAUUGCACCACUUGUCCGUAUGUGUCCGAAACCAAUCAACAUUCCUCCACAAUACGCUAAUACUACGGUCGGAACAGUUGCAGCAAAGUUUUUACGAGAAGCUGCUUUAUUGAUGGACACUCCGCCAACAACACCAAAAGAACGUCUUCUUCAAUGUUCCUGGGCAAUGUCCAAAGUUCCAUUCAUCAAUAUGAUCUUGACAUGUCUCCAGUGUGAAAAGAUGCAGCAAAGCAAAGAUGUGUUCCUUCAGUCACUUUAUACUCAACUACAACGUGAAACUCUCCGAGAUCACCACCGUCGUUCAAACUGGACAAAUCGUCGUGAGCACCGAGAUUGCACAAUUUUCCGUAUUACGCUUAUUGGGUAUAUCUACAAAGAAAUUUUAAAGGCGACACAUGUGGAAACGUGGGGACUCUUGAUUUUCCAACUUAUGUUCCACGGUAUCAUCAAUCCUGUUCGAGAAAAGCUAAUCUACGAAACCUGUUUUGAUAUGUUGCACCAUAUGGUACUCUGGACGCUUGUGGAUGGAGAUUCGAUGAAUCAGCAUGACCGUUACGGAUCUAUUAGAGUUCGCUGGCCGCAAUAUGCAGGACUUAUGAAGAAAAUUCGGAAAGAAAUGCAAGAAAGAUUUACGGAUCAAACUCGCAAUUCUCUUCAUCGAUUCCUCCCCAUCGGAAAAAUGCAAAUGUCAACGAUAUCUUACAAAAAAUAUCAGAAGAGGCCAAAAGUCAACCAGAAAAUGUCUAAAAAGUUCUUAGCUGGUGAAGGAUUAAAAAAUGGAAAAUAUUCAUUUUUACCGGAAGAGAAAGCAAAAACCAAUGCGUUCGAGCACACGGACCAUCUUGGUGACCUGAUCGUUAAAGGCGGAUGGAAGUUCAGAAUGUUCCAAACAACUCGGUUGGAUAAAGUUGCAAAGAAUGUGCAGAAUGUACUCCGUUCAAAUAUGCAUCAUACACACGUGUUGGAGUUCAACAGACCACAGUUGUUAAUGAGUGAUAACAUGUUUGAUGAUAUUUUCUUAGCUCCACCCGAUAUUGAGAUUACCAAAAUCAUUGAGCAGCCGGUUCCCGUAAUUGAUGAAGAAGAGGCCAAGAAGAGAGCCGAGGAAGAGAAAGAGGCAGCAGAAAAGAAAGAAGAGUCUAAAAAUGCAGAAGAUGAGAAGAAUAAGAACAACGCAGAGAAUAAGAAGGAUACCAAAGAAGGAGAAAAGGGCAAGAGCAAGGAUAAGGAAAAAGACGGAGAGAAGGAAAAAUGCAAGGACGCUUCUAAAAAAGAUGAUGUCACUUCAGAAAAGAAUGAAUUGGAGAAGAGAGCAAGCGAUGCUGCUGCAGCGACCAAUGCUCCGGAAACCAAUAAAGAUAUGGACACAUCGACCCCAAAGCCUGCCCCGGUUACUCGAUCUCCGGCAACCCGUGGCAGAGGUGGAGGACGAAAACGCAAUUCUGGUGCUCGUGGUGGGGGUCCGAGAGCAAAACGAGCCAACUCUAGAGCUGAUACAGCGCAAGCUGCCGCCGCCACCACGCAGUGGAAUGCUCCUAUCGCUAAUACUUCUAAUCCAGCUGCUGGUGGAAACUUCCAUGCAGCAAUGCGAGGCAAUCAACCUCCAAUGAGCAAUGGUUCCAGUGACGAAACGAAGGUUCACAUUCGUAAUUUAUUGAAUCGAAAAAAAGAGGAAAAGAGGAACAGCCUUGCUGACGCCAGUGCCGCAGCAGCUGCCGCCAACUCGAACGCAAUGGGCAAUACAUCUAGCAUGCCACCUUCAGGACCACCGAUGCCAAUGGGCUCUUCAAUGCAAUCUGCAGGAGCCACGCAACAGUUGCAAGGAAUGCAGAAACAUCAAAUGGGCGGAUCAAUGUCUGGAAUGAAUCAAAAUAUGGGAGGAAUGAAUCAAUCUAUGUCACAUCAAGCGCCACCGCCGUACAGUUCGACCAAUGAAAUGAAUAGACCUCUCAUGAACCAGUACGGAGGACCACACUUUGCUGCACCUAAUCCAGGGCCUCUUAAUAGGUCAUCUGGACCGGUUUCUUCUGAAACUCGACAACAAAUUAUGGAGCAACAAAUGCGCGAGAAAUUGGCUGCGCACCAUCAACUUGUGGAGCAGCAGAAACAGCGCGAUGCCCGAGAACGCGAAGCUCGAGAACGCGAAGCUCGUGAGCAUCAGGAACGAAUGCAGAGAGAAGCAUACAUGAAAGAACAACAACUAUUGGAGCGUAAACGUGCAAUUGAAGAAAACAACCGUAUCAUGGAAGAGCAACAAAGAGAACGAGAAAUGGAAGCAGCUCGCAAGGAAGCUGCUCGGCGAGCUGCCGAAGAAGCAUAUGCUGCUGAACAGCAACGUUUGGAGUUACUUCGUCGACAAGAAGAAGAGAGGCUUCGAAAAGAAGCUGAGGAGCGCAUGCGCAUCCAACGUGAAAAUGAAGAACGUGUUAGACAAGAACAAAUGCGAUUGGAAGCUGAAGAAAGGGAACGUAUUCGCCGCGCAGAAGAAGAACGAAUUCAAAAAGAAUUAGAAGAUAAAGUCCGUCGUGAAAAAGAAGAAGCGGCUCGGCAAGAGAAAGAACGUCAAGAGCAAGAGGCUCGAAUGCGAGAAGCUCGAGAAGCAGAACUUUCUCGGCAACGUAUGGAACAACAACGUAGGAGCCAACAAAACCCGUACAUGAAUCAGCAAGGGCAAUAUUCCCAACAGCCUCCACCAAGUUAUCAGCAGAGUUCUUAUCCGAACAAUUAUCAACCAGGCCAACAAGGGAAUCAACCACCAAACUAUCAGCAGCCAAGCCAUCAAUCAAUGCAGCAAGGUCAUCAGGCUGGUUAUCAACAAACCAGCAAUCAAAUGCAGAUGAACAUGCAGCAGCAACAAAAUCGCCAGCAAGGUGGACCACAGCAAUCAUUCAGUGGACCUGGUGGUAUAAAUCAACCAUCUCAACCAGGGUACUCCGGAUACAAUCAACAAGGUGGACAAGGGCAGCAAGGUCAAAUGCAACAACAACGAAAUCCAUUUGGAAAUCAGCAAGAUAUGCAACAACCGGGUGCUGCCAAGCUCAUGCAUGCUAAACCAAACGAGGCACACGCUCAACAGUACCAACAUACUCAGAAUCAACUGUCACUCGCCCAAAAAGAAAAAGAAAAACAAUACUUCCAAGCCAAAAAUCUUCAAGCAAGCCAAGCAAACGCUCAACAGCAACAACAGCGUUUUGGAGAUGUGGUAGCUGGUAAUGUGGCAGGAUAUGGAAGACCAUACGGACAACAGCAACUUGGCGCUUCUGAUCAAAUGGGUACUUCCCAGCUUCCUGGUGCCAGCACAUCACGCAUGAAUCAAGGAUCUAGCAACCCACAAGGCGGCAUGCAAAGUUACCAGCAACAACAACCCGUCUUGGGUCAGCCUGGACCAAUACAAACCGGGCAAUCGACUCAGCAACAAAUUCCUGCCCAGUCGCAGCAGCAAUACAACAGCGGCCGCCCACAAAUGCACACAACACCAACGAAGAAUGAUAUGUCUGCACGUGCACCAUCUGGAGCAAUGGGUCAAAUUGCAAACCGUAUGGGGCAUGGCACCAAUCCGCAGGGAUAUGGUUCAACUGGUCAAAACGUUCCUGGAGGAUACCAACAAGGCCAACAACAAUCUGGACAAGGAAGCUAUCCACAAGCACAACAACAACAACCAAACCAGUAUUCUGGUUCAAACCAGCAAGUAGGACAACAAGCUCAACAACAGCAGCAACAGCCAUUGAACCAAAACGUGUCUCAGUCUCAAAGUGCUGCACAAUUUGGUCGACCAUCUCAGGAUUCAGCUUAUCAACAAAGUGGAUAUAAUCAAACUGGCAACCAGAGUUAUCAGAGACCAGACCAACAACAACAAGGAGCUCAACAAAAUCAAUGGUCCGGCAGCAACCAAGCUCAAAACCAAUUGAGAUCCCAACAACAAGCACAACAACCUCUGCAACAGCCCCAGCAAAGUCAGCAAUUUCAACAACCAGCACAGCAAGCUAAAAAUCCAAUGGCACAAAGUGCUCAGUACGGCGGCUUUGGCGGACAACAACAAGGGUAUGAUCAGCAGCAGCAGGGACAGAUCGCUCCUCAGCAAGCUCAAAAUCCACAAGCCUCACAGUCAUAUGGACAACAACAAACCCAGCAAAACCGUUAUGGCAUGGGAAGCAGUGGCUACACUGCAAAUAGUGGUGGUUCUAGUAAUAUUCUCAAUCAGUCUAUGGAAGAAUCGGGUUUGAAUCAAGGUUUCUCUGGAGCUAGUUCGAAUGCAUCAAGUCAACAGGGUGGUUCUUCUCAAAUGCAACAAAGUGGCUACGGAAUGCCAGGCAACCAAAUGCAAAUGCAACAGAACCAGAAGCAGCAGGUGCAACGUGGGAUGCCAACCGGAAUGGGACAAACAAAUAUGGGACAGUCUGGAAUGGGACAAUCUGGAAUGGGACAGACCGGCAUGAGCCGCUCAGGACUGGGAGGUGGAAUUGGUCAACAAGGCCAGCAAUCACAGCAACCACAGCAGCCACAAGUGUCCCAACAACAGAACCAGCGUGGCAUGAACCCCGGCGCACAACUUCCACCUUACUCAACAGGCCAGCAACAGCAUCAACCUCAACAAUCCCAAAUUUCUCAACAACAGCAGCAACAGGAUCAAUAUCGAAGAAUGCAGGCGGCACAAAUGCAGCAGCAACCAACUGCACAAGGACAACAAAAUCGAAUGGGAAUGCCUUCUCAGCAGCAGUCAGGAGCUGCUUAUAGCAAUCAAAUGCAGUUUCAAGGAGUGAGACAAGGACAACAAGGAAUGGGUGGAAUGGGUGGCUCCGGGCAACAACAGCCACAAACGCAACCGCAUGGAUCCAAUCAAUAUUACCAACAGCAACAAGAUCAAAGAAUGCAACAACAGCCUCAGCAGCCUGGACAGCAGCAGCAACAUGGAUAUGGUAUGGGACAGUACCCCAACCAACAACCACCAAAUCAGUACUAAUCAUGUCACAAUUACAUAUUUAUAUUCUUUCAAUGUACCUUCUCUCUUUUUAUCAUUUGUGUCAACAUCCCUUUUUAUUUUAUACCCCCAAGUCGUAAUACGUGAUAUUGCGUUUUCAAGUCAUAUUUUCCUUCAACAAAAAUGUUCUUCCAACAAAUAGUUUGUGUUUGAACGGGUUUCAUCGUUUUCAUUAUUUUAUUUCAUUUGCAAAUUACUCUUGUCAUCAAUGUUGUCAAUUAUUUUCUAUUCAGUAAAAGUUUUUGUUUU